AUGGGCGCCUAUCUCUAUGGGCGCCUAUCUCUAUGGGCGCCUAUCUCUAUGGGCGCCUAUCUCUAUGGGCGCCUAUCUCUAGGGGCGCCUAUCUCUAGGGGCGCCUAUCUCUAUGGGCGCCUAUCUCUAUGGGCGCCUAUCUCUAGGGGCGCCUAUCUCUAUGGGCGCCUAUCUCUAGGGCGCCUAUCUCUAGGGGCGCCUAUCUCUAGGGCGCCUAUCUCUAUGGGCGCCUAUCUCUAUGGGCGCCUAUCUCUAUGGGCGCCUAUCUCUAUGGGCGCCUAUCUCUAUGGGCGCCUAUCUCUAUGGGCGCCUAUCUCUAGGGCGCCUAUCUCUAGGGCGCCUAUCUCUAUGGGCGCCUAUCUCUAUGGGCGCCUAUCUCUAGGGGCGCCUAUCUCUAUGGGCGCCUAUCUCUAUGGGCGCCUAUCUCUAGGGCGCCUAUCUCUAGGGGCGCCUAUCUCUAUGGGCGCCUAUCUCUAUGGGCGCCUAUCUCUAGGGGCGCCUAUCUCUAUGGGCGCCUAUCUCUAUGGGCGCCUAUCUCUAUGGGCGCCUAUCUCUAUGGGCGCCUAUCUCUAUGGGCGCCUAUCUCUAUGGGCGCCUAUCUCUAUGGGCGCCUAUCUCUAUGGGCGCCUAUCUCUAUGGGCGCCUAUCUCUAUGGGCGCCUAUCUCUAG